AAAAAUUAUAUAUUUUUUUUCCAGCAAUUCCAUAAAGUCUUUCGAGUUUUUUCAUUCCUAUUCUCCAAAUAGAAGUAUACUAUGGAUCGGAGUCGUGGGAACUCCUUGAUCAUUUCUACCGAGUUAGAAUUCUUUUUAUCCAGAGAAAAAUAGACUUUGAGAGAGAGUCCCUGUGCACUCAGUAUUAGUGAGCUCUAUGAAUAACCUUUUACUCACAUCAACAAAAGGAAAGGGCAUGGAGAAAUCAGAGCUACCAAAGGCAUCAAAUUCCGAAGAUGGGGUCGAUUUCAUCAGUAACAUGCCGGAUGCUAUUCUUCUUUUGAUUCUCUCCCGUCUUUUAUCCACAGAAGAAGUAGUUCGGAGCAGCAUAUUGUCCAGACGAUGGAAGUAUUUGUGGACUGCAGUUCCCACUUUACACAUACGUUACAGACGUGAAUUAAAAAAAACCAAAUUCAUAGAGUUUGUGUAUUGGGUUCUAGCAAACAUAACCGUCAAUUUGGAUAGCUUUCGUCUAUAUUGUGGUGAUUACUACUGUAUGUCAACAGUCUGGCGAUGGAUUCAUGUAGCAGUUCGGAAAAAUGUCAAAGAACUUCACUUGGAGUUACACCCUAAUAAGCUUACCGAUGUAUUCGAGAUGCCCCAUUCUCUGGCGACUUGUGGUUCAUUGGAGGUAUUAAAGUUGUAUUUAUCAGCUCGUCUUCUAAGGUUGCCUACUAUUAUGAGGUUUCCUGCACUUAGGGUUCUUGAUUUGACCUAUGUUGACUUGGAAGACAAUGAUUUGAUUAAUAAUUUUCUUGAAAGCUGCCCGUUGCUUGAGGAGUUGAGUUUGAUAUGCUGCUUCAUGAACGAACUUGCUCUUCUUCGUAUUUCAAAUCCGAAUCUCAAAAAGCUGAGAAUUGACAAUAACGAAAAUUUGAUAAUGUGCUGUGGAAUUAAGAUUUGUUGCCCAAAACUGGUGGAUAUGGAUUUAACAGGUAAUAUAGCUUAUCGCUUUUUCUUUGAAUGUCUAGACUCCUUGAAGGUUGUUGUGAUUCAGCCUAAAUUGGAGGGGAUUACCACAUCUGUGUUGUUUCCUGGAAUUUCUCGUGUGGAACAUUUGUCUAUCGACCUCUUCUUCUUCCUUGAGUGCCUUUAUGCUGCACGUGAUCCGGUUUUACCUAAUCUGAAGACUUUGGUGAUUAAAACAACUAUGGAUGCCUUCACCAUGGAUAACUUCAACAAAGUUCUCAAAUAUUAUCCCAAAUUGGAGUCGCUCAAGUUGAUCAUUAAACAGGAUUUUGAUGAAAGAUACGAGUGGUUGGAUGAAGCUGAAACAAGGGAAAUCAUGACUAGUGAUGUGGAAAGGGUUGAGUUUUUCGAAUUCAAUGGAGAAAAACCGAAACUAGUUAUAGACUGGUUUGAAGAUAUAUUGGAAAUGUUUUUCACUUGGGGUGAUAUUGGAGAAAGGUUCCCUCGUUAUUUGUAAUUGUCUAAUUACUGUUUUGAAGAACUGAUGGGGUAACUAGAUUUCUUUGUCUCAUGUGGAUGUUUUUGGAUUUGGAUUUUGUUUCAUUUUCUACUUUAACUAGAAAAUGCUUGUUUGGUUUUACAAUUUGUUAUAUAAAAACCUAGCAAGUGUAAUUACAAACAUUAGUAUGUAUAAUUGUUACACUUGUGAGUAUUAGAGAAGGAGUUGACUAUUUGACUGGUCCUAUGUUUGACUUCCUUAGCUAAGGGCAUUCUUGUCUUUCCUAGCUAGGUAUAAAUAAGAGGUUAGUAGUUGGCGAUUGAUUUUGUUGA